GGCUGUAAUUUCCUAAUUUUUCCUUUUCUUCCACAGAAAGAAAUCCAGGCCAUGAGCCAGUGCCACCACCCCAACAUCGUGUCUUAUUACACCUCAUUUGUGGUCAAGGAUGAGCUGUGGCUGGUCAUGAAAUUGCUCAGUGGGGGUUCAGUGUUGGAUGUGAUCAAGCAUAUCAUCUCACGAGGGGAGCACAAGACUGGAGUCCUGGAUGAGGCCAGCAUAGCCACAGUGUUGAAAGAUGUUCUAGAGGGCUUAGAAUACCUGCACAAGAACGGCCAGAUCCACAGAGACUUAAAGGCUGGAAAUAUUCUGCUUGGUGAUGAUGGAUCAGUGCAAAUUGCAGAUUUUGGAGUCAGUGCGUUUCUAGCCACAGGUGGUGACAUGACGAGAAAUAAAGUCCGCAAGACGUUUGUGGGGACGCCAUGUUGGAUGGCCCCAGAGGUCAUGGAGCAAGUUAGAGGUUAUGAUUUCAAAGCUGAUAUCUGGAGCUUUGGGAUCACGGCCAUUGAGCUUGCCACAGGGGCUGCACCUUAUCACAAAUACCCUCCAAUGAAGGUCUUGAUGCUGACGCUGCAGAAUGACCCUCCCUCUCUAGAGACAGGAAUCACAGACAAAGAGAUGGUAAAAAAAUAUGGAAAAUCGUUCAGGAAAAUGAUCUCACUGUGUCUACAGAAAGAUCCAGAGAAAAGGCCAACAUCCUCAGAGUUGUUGAAGCACAAAUUUUUCCAAAAAGCAAAGACCCAUGAAUAUUUACAUGACAAGUUACUACAGAGGGCACCCACAAUAACAGAGAGGUCAAAAAGGGUGCGCAGAGUGCCUGGUUCUAGUGGACGGCUGCACAAAACAGAAGACGGUGAAUGGGAGUGGAGUGAUGACGAGCUAGACGAAGAGAGUGAAGAAGGCAAAGCUGCAGUGGCUGCUUUAAGGGAGCAGCAAGGGAAGUCAGUUAGCGCCCCCAAACGACAAGUGCGCUUCUCCUAUCCACUGGAGCUGCCUGCGUCCAGGUCACCACGUGUGAAGGAGAGCCCUCAGAAUUCAGAGAUCUUCCAAAGCCCUGACCCUUUAAGCACUCAUCUCCAGCCCCCCAUGGCUCCUCUACCUCAGGCUGGGGUUGCCCCUCAGCCGGCUGCACCUGUCAGCCCUCCAACGUGUGUCCCUGCUGCCUCUCCUCCUCCUGCUGCUGUUCCAACACAGGCUCCAGCUGCCUCAGGCGAAAUCAACGCUUCCAUUAGUUUGGUAUUAAGGUUAAGAAAUUCAAAGAAGGAGCUGAAUGACAUUCGCUUUGAUUUUAUGCCAGGAAGAGACACAGCAGAGGGAGUGUCCCAGGAGCUGGUGUCUGCAGGCCUGGUGGAUGGCAGGGACUUGGUUGUAGUUGCAGCAAACCUGCAGAAAAUUGUUGAUGCGCCUCCAGCCAAUAAGAAUGUCACUUUCAAACUGGCAUCAGGGAUUGAAGGAUCUGAAAUCCCAGAUGACAUCAAACUGAUGGGCUUUGCUCAGCUGAGCAUUAGUUAAAACAUUGUUCUACUUUGGACAGUAACUUGACAAAAAUGUGAAAAUAUAAAAAAAUAGUUUAUUGCAUUUUUUUUCCUUUGAUGGCUGUAAAGAAACCACUACUGCCAAAGAGAGACCGUUCGUGGCCCAUAGGAUUACAGUGGCAUCAUGACGCUGAACGGCUCAAUAUAGUUGAGAGAAGUUUACAGUGAAAAUGUAGAAGGAUGCAACUCUCUCACCAUCCGCGUUCAGUGGUUUCCCUAGCAACGUAGUUUCUUAUCUAAUUGUGAUGCAUUUGCACAAUCUAAAUGAAAACCCUUCAACCUGAAGCGUAACAAUGCCUUAUAUCCAUCAGAACUACUGAGUGCUCGUCACUGUACAAGCAUUAUGUCGUCUGAAACAUGCACGUGGGGUUCCAUGUUGUAGCCACGUGUCUUGGAAUAAGUUUCUCAUAAAAUGAACAAGUGCAUUUUGUUUCUGUAAAAAUAUGAGUACUUGAUCUAAAGUCUAGUCUGUAAAUAAGGACAUGUGGCUUUGAUUUGUUUUUAUAAGUUUGUCUUUCACUCUAGGCCUUUAUGUCUAUCUUAUGCCAUUUUUGGGUGUGUGAAGAAAGGUGACCAUGUGACCACACUGCGAAUAUCAAAACAUAUUUUUAAAUUGAAUUGUAUUGAGUUUUUGGCUACAUAAACGUGUAUUGUUCAAUGGGAUCCUGGCUAAAAGCAUCCCAAUAUGCCAUAAUUACCCCCUGAUUAUAAUUGAUGUAAAUGACACUUCAAUUUAAAUUUGCAUCUGAAUCUCCUUUGUCACUGGUUUUACAACUGCUACAAAGAUUUUAUCUAUUAUGAUUGUAAAUGUAAAGGCACAACAGCAUCUGUUAGCAAUGCUUUUGAUGAUUUUUGUGCCUAUCAAUGUGCAUUUUGGAAUACUUAUCAAUGAAUGUGCAUCUUGCAGUUGGCAUACAGCACCAUGGGGAUCAAGUUUACUCCCAUGAUAUAGAAUGCCUGCACUUUUUCUGUCAAAAGCCCUUCAUGAUGCCAUAUGUUUUAUGAGUAAAUGUAAAGAGACAUCUAAGAUGUAAAAUUUUAUGCCAGCCUUAAAUCAAAAACGACCAAGUGUAUUUUUCUGUCUUUGAAGACACGUUUCUAAGUGCAGUAUUUGGUGCCAUUCUCCUGGUGUGAGGACAGGAUUGGUGUGAAUGAUGAUUACUUGUGUGUGAAUAAAGGUGUGCGUGUUGCCAAAAUGGAACCUGGUUCUAACAGAGGUGAUCUAUUAACUGUUCAAUGCUGUCACAUUUCUCAUGCAACAGCUUUUAGUACGUUUGACAAACUGUAGCAACUGAACAUGACCGGCAAAAAGACUUCAUUGUUAAUUAAUGCAAUAACUCAUCAAGGCUGUAAGAUAUUUGGAUUUUCAGUUUUCAUUCUUUCAUUAAUUCUCUUUUGGAACAUUCUCAAUUUCAAAGCAUGUUUCUCUGAUUAAUUUCAAUCAAUAAAGAAUGAGCAUAUCA